UUGAAAGAGGUUAUAAAUUGUAUAUUUGAUAUCUGUGAAGAGAAUGAAUAAGACAAAUUAAUGUAAAAUUUAAUUUGUUUUCUAAUAUGUUUAAAGACUGAUACAUUUAAGGAAUCCAAACUUUUAGUGAGCUAUUAAUUUUAGUAAUCAAAAAUGUUAGACGAUGUUUUUUGUACCAUUAAUGGCUUUAAAGUCAGGCCUAAAGCAGACAACGGCUUAUGGGUUCUAUUUCUGUUGCCAUUGUCACUAAUUAUUUCCUCUCUAAGGCAUCCCGUCGUAUUAACACCUACAUAUAAACUGAGUUCUUUACUAUCUAUAGGAUUAAUACUAACAUCGAUAGUUAUAGUAUUUCAUAAACGUGAGGACCAAAAGCUAAAAAUAAUUAAUAAAUGGAAUAUGUUAAUAUUAUUAUUAACCAUAUUAUUCCACAUCUUCCUCGAAAAAGGUUUAAUAUUUUCUAUUGCCAGCGGAAUUUUGAGUACAGUUGUCUACAUUAGAACAUAUGUUUUUAUUUUGAAGAAUUUUAAGAACUGUUUCACACUGGGAGAAGCGGGUAUUGUAAGCCAAAGUUUAAUAAUUUUGUUGUACUGUACAUCUAUUAAUAUUCUAAACUCGAUUCACACGAUUUAUGGUAGUCAUAUGCAAAUCUCAACUUUAAUUAUUCAGAUUAGACUACUUGGAAUUGGAAUCAUCGCCAGUGUGGCAUAUUUUUUUCACUUAAGGAGGACAAGCUCCUUCUAUUUGCUAACUUGUUUUGUGAUAAUAUUUGUAAUUAUUCUGCCAUUACAAAUUCUCUUAAAUAGAAAUCCACUUCUAUGGAUUUUAAAUUUAGUUCUAACGGAUUUAUCAACGCUGAAACUGGUAAUAUAUUGGAGUUUUUGCAGUGGUACGGCUGUUUUAGCUGUAAGUAAUCAAAUCGUGUAUGCAAAGAAAGCUUCCACGGGUAUGAGAAAAAUUUUCCACUUACUAGCGGUAGCUGUAUAUAUUCCUGGACUUUUGUAUCGAUGUUCAUUCCUAUACCUUGCCAGUGGAGUUAUGCUAGGUAUAUUUUUUUUACUGGAGAUUUUACGCAUAUUAAACAUCCCUCCGCUCGGGCGUCACCUUCAAGAUGGUUUUGUAGUGUUUAGUGAUGAAAAAGAUAUCGGCACUUUGGCCCUUACACCGAUAUAUCUGUUAGUCGGAUGUUCGUUACCUAUUUGGAUACAUCCGUCACCAUGUGACGUUACAGACUCGGCUAUGUUUAAUUUACUACCUUUACUAAGCGGAUUACUGUCUAUUGGUGUGGGAGAUACAGCAGCUAGUAUAAUCGGGUCAAAUUACGGAAAACACUUUUGGCCAGGUUCGAAGAAGACUGUUGAGGGAACUGUUGCAUGUAUUUUGGCCCAAAUUGGCCUCGUACGUUUACUAAUGUACUUUGAUGCGCUGGAAUAUUUGUCUUUCGGACAAAAUAUCAGACUGUAUCUAGCGAUAUUGGUAGGAUCGAUAGUUGAAGCAAGAACAACACAAAUCGAUAAUUUAGUUUUACCUUUACUCAUGUAUAUUAUUCUAAUUUAAUGUGUGCAUAAAUUUGAUAAAUUUCGAUACUUUAAGAAUAAAUUUUGGCGAUCAUUUGUAAUGUUUUUGAACCUUUCAUAUUAAAGCAAAAAAAAUAAAUUUUUUACAUUAUAUUUUUACUGUUGUAUUAAGAAUAAAUUAUCAUUGGACUGAUUGAGUUUUAACAUUGUCAUAGCAAGUACUGAAUAAAGUGACCAUAUUUUAUUUUACAUACUGUAAGUAUCUGUUAAAAUUAGAGAAAAUAUAUACUUUUUUCAUUA